CCUGCAUAUUCCCUCUCCCUCCCUCCCUCUCUCUCUUCCUCUCCCUCUGUCUAUAUGACCACAAGUCUCUUAAGCGAUCCCACCAUGCUACUUUCAACACCAGAGGUCAUGAUCGCCUCUCACCAGCCGUCUCCAGCGUCAAUAACACAAAUCUCCUAUGAGGAGCCAGAGCAGGUGACAUGUGACUGCUGCGGAUUAACCGAGGAGUGCACACAAUCUUACAUAGAGAUGAUCAGAGAACAUUACAUGGGUAAAUGGAUAUGUGGUCUCUGUUCUGAAGCUGUGAAGUACGAGGUUAUAAGAACAAAACGUUUGCUAACUACAGAGGAAGCCAUGGCAAGACACAUGAACAUGUGUUAUAAGUUCAAAUCCUCAAGCCCACCUCCUAAUCCGACCGGACGUUUGAUCUCUGCUAUGACGCAGAUCUUGAGAAGAAGUUUGGAUUCUCCAAGGAUGCUCAGAUCAAUGCCUAGUAUUCCUUCUAAUGACAAAGAUGGUUAUUGUGUUUCAAAUGUUUUGUCUAGGUCCGAUAGCUGCUAGACUCAAAGAAAAGUUAAAAAAAAAAGUUUUAACCGGUUGAUAACCGUUUGGUUUAGGGAUCACCACCUGGAAAAGAUCCGGUUUUCAGAUUUGAAUUUUUCAUCAGUAACCAAGAUUGGUCUCUGUAUGAAUUUGUUUUUGCCGGAUUUGUGCACCUGUGGAAUUUUUUGGGCUAAAUGCUAAUAACUUUGAAGGUUCGGACU